AUAUGUCAUAAACAGUCAUAGAGUCAUAAUGGAUGGCAGCAGCUACUUAAUCAUCUAAGUCGAUUACCAGACAUACAAGGCGUUUCUUACCCUCUCCCAACAGUGAUACUCCCUCGAUCUAUAUACAAGUUGCUAGCGAUCCAAAGCUGCCAAGGAAGCGGACGAAUCUCUCGCACAGUCGAGGAUCAGACUUCGUUCAGCUCGGCCGAUUUGAACGAUCGCUUCCAGAGGAUUUCGACAAAAUGCUACUGUAUGUUACAUACGUUAUCUUGCUAUCAGGCAUUCUAUCUAAAUCAUUUUUGCAAGUAAAUGCAGCUCCAGCAACUUAUGAUCAACGACAGAAUGGUGAUUUCAAUGUGGAUGCCAAAUUUGACAAUUUUUUGAUAGUCGUUGCUACUUCUGGUAAUGGUCUCUUCUUCAGGAAUCUGGCAUCACAAAUGCUGGAGAUGAACGAGUUAAUUCCGCAGUACAGUAAGCAACAGAUCAGCGAGAAACCAUCUGAAACGUUGGUUUAUGAGACAGAAAAUGCAGAUGGCGGGAGGGGGCCUUACCACGUCGAGAUUGUUCAUAUAGAAAAGGAAGGGGAUAAAGAUAAACAUCCUGAAUUACCUGAUGCUAAAAAUAGCGAAAAAAUUGAAUUGUUAAAAGGUACUAAAAAUUCUGAAACGAUCUUGCAAGAGACAACUAAUUCAGAAAUACUUAUUGAUAGUAAAAAGGCAAUAAAAAAGACUAAACAAAUUUCGAAUGAUACAGAACUACAUCUGAUUAUUGAUAGUUCAAUGAAAGAAAACAAAAGAUCUGCAAACGCUAGAAAUUUACAAGUGGAAAAUUUUGAUCGUUCCGACGAUCUACCGGUUAAAGAAGAUAUAUCAAAAGCAACUAAACCAGGGAUAUCGUUAAAAAAACAAUUAUCUAAGGAGGAAGAGGAGGAUAUACCUUUGAUAUCUGAAGAGAGGAAUGAAUUGGACAAUAAGCGUCAAGAGCUAGUGUUACUGGGAGGUGGUAUUGAGAAUUGUGGACCUGGAAGAUAUAGAGAUAAAUUUGGUAUCUGUCAAAACGAUAAGAAUUAUAAAGAAAUUUAUCCUAUAUAGAAAAAAGUACAUAAAUUUUAUUCAAGGAUACCUAUGUAUACAAUAAUUGUGAUAUACUGUAUUCGCAGA